AUGGCCGCGGAAACAGCAAAAGAAGCCCCGGCGACAGGACCCCCAGAAAAAGCCGCCCCAGUGGAGGAUACCCCAAGAAUCCUCGUUAUUUCUUGUGGUGGCACCGUCACCAGCGUUGCAGAGGAUCCCACCGACGUUCAAAUGUACACAAUGGGAGCACUCAAUGCCGAGGCAUUUCGAAGUCGAGUUGCUCCUCAAUUGGGCCAGAGGGUUAAAUUAAUGUUCCACGAUUUUGCGGAGACCGGUACUGGUAGCCCUGACUUUGGUAGCGACAAAUGGCUCGAGCUCGCGAGAUAUCUCCUUGCAGAAAGCACUCGGUCUUCUGAUGGUUUUGUCCUUUUGGUGGGUACGGAUGUCAUUGAGUUCGCCUUUUUUCUCUACCAUGUUAUUGCUCUGCGCAUACCCGUCGUCCUUACCGGUGCAUAUCGACCCCCUACGUCUAUGAGCCCCGAUGGGGAUCGAAAUGUGUACCAUGCCAUUUUGGUGGCUAUGAGUAAACUGUCCUGGGACCGUGGGGUGUUGUGGGUAUCCAAUGACACGAUCAGUUCCGCUUAUUACGUCGAUAAGCACCACGCCAAUAGGCCAGGUGCCAUUCACGCUGGAGAUGCUGGAUACCUUGGCCAUAUUGUCGACCAAAAAGACGUGAGAUACAACUACGACCCGAGUCUGCCGACGGAUCCAAGAAUCUCGAUUGAUCUCCAAAAGGUCAAGGAUCUCCCGAGAGUCGAUAUUUUGAAAGGCUACCCAGGAUCAACUGUGGACCUCUUCUUCGCUGCAGUAGAGAAGGCCGAGGAUCCCGCAAGAGGCAUUGUCCUUGAAGGCAUGGGGGCUGGCUCCUGGUCAACCAAGCCUGGCAAGGAGAUAAUGGAGUACAGCAAACCCAGGCAGUUUCCUGUGGUUGUUUGUCGUGGACCUGAAGAGGGGCAUGUCAGCGGCGCCUUUGUGUACGGAUUGGGGGACGGAUGCAUUGGGGGUGGGAAUUUAAGCUCGAUGAAAGCCUGGGUCAAGCUGCGGCUUCUAUUAUGUAAAGGAGCGAGCUAUGAGGAGAUAAAGAAGGCUUUCAGUUAUUGA